AAGACGAAGAAGAAUUCGGUACCUUUGAAUCCUAGACUGCUUUGAAUGCUGGAUACCGGGAUCUACAGUCCAAGAGCUGUCACGGUGCAGUCCGCAGGUUACAGCAACGCAAUGGACAGCAGCCCGGUUCUGUUCGGUGCACUAUAGCACAGUGAAUUUACCUGAUGACAUCCAAACCAAAGGCCCAGUUGGCACCCCUGCCACGGACAGAGAUCCUCGUCUAUUGGGUGCUGUCCUUCGGCUCUCAUCUGUACUCUUUUUACCAGCUGCACAGGUUCUCCAAAGAUCACGAGGCAUCAUUAGUGAGAGAGUUCCAGUUGGAAAAGGGCCUUCUUAAGGGUUUUAAAAGGGACCCGUUAGACUUUGAGUGGAGUUUCUGGACUGAGUGGGCCAAGAAGUCUUUACUGUGGACUCUGAUCGGUCAUGGCGUGGUGUCAAGGUUGACCAGCACCUUUUACCCGAAGCUGCGGUUGCCGGCGCUCACGAUAUAUGGCGUCUUAGCAGCCUGCAGUGUGCUGGGGAUUAAAGGGGUGAGCCUGCUGCUGGUACAUCUGAGUCUGUCCUUUUCUGUGGCUCAGCUGCGAAAGCCUGCUCUGUCAUGGGCAUUUAGCCUGCUGCUGCUCUCCACGCUGCACAUCCAGCCACUUCAAGACAUCCAGAGACGCUGGUAUAAGUCUGAGGAGGAGUACUAUCUGCUGCUCUUCAGUGUUGCUGUCUGCGGUCUGCGCUUCAUCAGCUUCAGCCUGGAGCACUGCUGGAGCCCUUUAAGCCAUGGCGGUGGUGAUGUUGUGCAGCUCUCUUGGUUGUUUUCAUACACCUUCUACCACCCUUUCUUCUACAAUGGACCCGUUAUCACAUACAAAGACUACACGGAGCAGAUGCGGAGGCCUGCUGAGGAGAGCGACAGGGAGGAAUCUGCUCUCAGCUACUUUUUGCUCAGAUCUGUUCGGAUCAUAGUGUGGUGGUGCAUCGCAGAAUACAUGAUCCACGUUAUGUACAUGCACUGCAUCCAGUCUAAUGAGACCUACAUAGAGAUACUUCCUCCUUGGGCCUUGGGAGGCCUGGCUUUGGCCCUCGUCCAGUUCUUCUAUGUGAAGUAUCUGGUGCUGUUUGGCCUCCCCUCCAUGCUCGCCACUUUGGAUAAUCUGGUUCCCCCACAGCUCCCUCGCUGUGUCAGCAUCAUGUACAGUUUCACAGGGAUGUGGAGGCACUUUGAUGAGGGACUGUAUCGAUGGCUCAUCAGGUACAUCUACGUGCCGCUGGGAGGUUCCCGACAUGGUGCUCUUUAUAAAAUGUUAUCCACCAGUCUGGCGUUUGGAUUUGUCUGCCUCUGGCACGGUGGACACGACUACUUACAGUACUGGGCUCUGAUGAACUGGGCUGGAGUUCUGGUGGAAAACGGACUGAAGUCUCUCUUUGCCUCAUCUUUCAUUCACUCCACAGUGGAGCAGAAUUUCUCGGCGGUGAUGAAAAGGCGCUGCAUAGCCCUUCUCUCUGCCUUCUCCACUGCCAUGCUCAUCCUCUCUAAUCUCGUGUUCCUCGGGGGCAUACAUGUUGGCAGAAUCUUCUGGAAGCGUGUCUUCAUUCAAGGCUGGUCUACGAUCGCCCCACCGAUGCUAGCUUUCCUCUACUGCUUCGCUCAGGUUGGACUCGAGCGGACUUCUCACCCACCAUGAGUCACCUUGACUUAUCAGGGUGAGAAUCCUGCCACCAGACGACCACAACAACCUGCUGACUCCAGCUCCUCGUCCUCACCAGCCACAGUGUCUGUGGUGAAGCUGGCUCACAGCCACACAAACUGUCCAAAGCUGGCUGAAAUGCAGCUGAGCAGCCACUUUCCACAAACCGCAGGACUGGACAAACUCUGAGUGUAAGCUAACACCUAAAAACAGACUUUCCUGGACUUAGUGCAAAGUGUACCAGCACACCAACUGUAAUAAAACGCUAUAAAUUCAGGACGGUCUCUAAUAGCAGCCGGGUUUGUUGUCUACCCAGCGAGAGACUGUUAUUCUAAGAAACUGUAAAAGAAAAUGUGAACCCUGAGUCUGUCUGCUUAUACGACUCUGAUAAGGCAUUGCUCAGUGGUGCGGUAAGCUGCGGAAAUGUCAUAUUUACUGUCCUCCUGUAGCUCACCACCACAGCUGCUGUCCAUUCAGAGGUAAACAAGCAAAAAAAAAAGACUGAAUAUAGCAGCAGGAACCUGAUCAAUGACAGCGUUUCCCUACAGAUGUGACUUGGUUAAAGCAGAAUGACACUCGUAUCAGUAGAAAUAGAGAAAAGAAGCUUUUAGAGCAACUGCACUCCAGCUUUUAAUUCAACACACUAAUUAUGUUUGAUGACAUUUAUCUACUUUAAUUCAUAAAAAAGCUCAUUUUUGAGCAAAGAUGUGAAAAAAACACCACAAUCUGUAUAUUUCUUGGAUAAUAUGUUGUUGUAUAGUAUAUCACAUUGUAUCAAAAACUUUUUAGUGCCACAACCAACUUUAGCAAAAGUAAAACUUUUUUUUUGGUUAAAAACUUGUAUUUUCCACCUGUAAAGCAUCUGGUUGUUAAAGACUGUAAGUAGGUGUUUUCUGAUUCCAGCCAAUGUGAUGAGCGCUGUGGGCGUGUGGUCAGGUACAAUAAAACAGCUCAAAUACAAUAAAAGUGUUUGUUGCAGGAGGUUUGGCAGGUGAUAACUGUGAUCGCUGCCAAUAACCGAGGCUGGUUUUUAUGAAAAUAUAAAAUACAAACCAUGUGUUAAUCAUCACAUAUUCAACAGAAUACACAGAGCAAUUAUCUAGGGCUACCAGGUAAAAUGCAAGAACAUUUGAGCAACCAUAAUCCUAUUUAAAAUCCUCCCAUCUGAACUAUAUUCUCUAUUUAAGUAUUAAUCAGGCUCCUUCCUGCUCCUCUCCUGUUCUUGAAUAGUCAAAAAAUGGCAUCCUGUGUUUCCUUAAAUACUUUUUCUUGUCCAAAAUGGGAAAAAAUAAAAUAGAAAAAUUGCAGAAAGAUGUGAAGGAGAAUUCAUAAGGACUUAGAAAAAGAUGUUGUGGUGCCAAGAGAAUCAGAUUCCACUGGAAUUGGGCUACAUACCGGUAAUAAAGCUGCAGGUGAUGGCGUUGAUGUGGGUCUGCUACGGAUUGUGUCACUUUGAGUGUUGCUGCUGCAAGGAAUUGUUGGACAGCGUUGUCUCCUUUAUUUUUGUGAAGGGUGAUGUUUCCUAAAGGAGGAAGGAAGCAUUCAAAAGAAGCAGUAAAGCAUCUUUCCUCAGCACUUAGAUCCUUUAGUACAAAGCCUUCCCAAGCAGAACAGACUAUCGGUGCCAAAUUGAAGCCUAAAGAAUAGUGGUAUGGUCAACGCCACCUUUUCCGGUUGGAGGCGGGACCGGGGAGGCAGGACUAAGUUGGGAGUAUCAGUAUGUUAGCUAACUAGCACGUUGCACUGUUAACAUUCUACAUAAUGCCAACACUGUAUAUAAAGUGCUUUGAAGCCUGUAAAGAAAAUAAAAGUUUACUUACUGAAAAAGCAAAAAAAA